GUACGUGUGUCUUCCAUGGAGAAGAAACGGGUGGCCAUCAUCGGAGCCGGCGUGAGUGGCCUCACCGCCUGCAAGCACGCGCUGGAACACGGCUUCCGGCCUGUCCUGUUCGAGGCCGAAGCGGAUGCGAUCGGCGGCGUGUGGGCGCACACGCUCGCCUCGACGCGGCUUCAAACACCACGGCCAUACUACCAGUUCACGGACUUCCCAUGGCCGCCGGGAGUGUCGGAUUUGUACCCGGACCAUAAGCAGGUCACCGAGUACCUGCGCUCGUACGCGCGCCGCUUCGGCGUGCUAGAGUGCAUCCGUUUCGGCAGCCGGGUUGCCGCUCUGGAGUACUCCGGCGCGGUGAACGAGGAGGAGAUGAUGGCGUGGGAUCAGUGGGCUGGCACGGGCGAGGCGUUCAGCAGCGGUCGGGGCGAGUGGCGGCUCACCGUGCAGCGCGGGGACGACGUUGAGAUCCAUGUCGCGGAUUUUGUGGUUCUCUGCGUUGGACGGUUCAGUGGCAUGCCCAACAUUCCCAAUUUCCCGCCGGGGAAAGGUGCAGAGGCCUUUGAUGGCACCGUGAUCCACUCCAUGGAUUACUCCAACAUGGACGAUGCAAAGGCCACCCAACUCAUCAAAGGCAAGCUCGUCACCGUCAUCGGUUACCAAAAGUCUGCUCUCGACAUUGCCACAGAGUGCGCAAAUGUAAACGGCCCGAAGUAUCCAUGCACAAUGAUAUGUCGUACGAAGCGAUGGAUCAUCCCUGGCUACAACGCAUGGGGUGUCCCCAUUGGUUUCUUCUACCUCAAUCGCUUUUCUCAACUCCUGAUUCACAAGCCAGGGGAGGGGUUGUUGCUUGGCCUUCUGGCCACGUUAUUAUCACCCUUGAGAUGGUUGUUCUCCAAGUUUGUUGAGAGCUACUAUAGAUGGGCUGUACCCAUGAAGAAGCACGGAAUGGUACCAGACCACAGCUUCUUCGAUGCAAUGAGCUCAUGCCUGGUUGCGUCACUACCCGAUAAGUUCUACAGUAAUGUCGAUCAAGGAAGCAUCGUUCUCAAGAAAGCAAAGCAAGUUAACUUCUGCAGACAAGGCCUGGUCGUACAAGGCGAAUCGUCGCCAGUAAUAAAGAGCGACGUGGUGAUAUUUGCCACCGGGUACAGAGGUGACGAAAAGCUGAGGGAGAUGUUCGCAUCGCACAUGUUCAGAGACAUUGUGGCAGGCUCGCCGUCUAGAAUCGUUCCACAUUUCAGGCAGUGUGUCCAUCCGAGGAUCCCCCAACUGGCUAUCAUCGGCUACUGCGAGAAUGUGUCAAACCUGCACGCGUUCGAGCUGCAGUCCAAGUGGCUGGCACACUUCCUUCGUGGGACCUUCCGUUUGCCCAGCAUAAGAUGCAUGGAGGAGAACGUAGACGAGUGGGAUAAGUACAUGAAACGGUACGCUUCAGACCACUUCCGUCGGUCAUGUGUUGCACCAGUCCACAUCAUGUGCAACGAUCAGUUGUGUCAAGACAUGGGGAUUGAUCACAAGAGGAAAAAUGGAUUCCUGGCAGAUUGGGUGCUUCCAUAUGGACCAGCAGAUUACGGUGGCAUCUAACCGGCGGAGUUAACUGAAAUACUUCCAUUAUCUCCGUUUCAGCCUUGUCUGUUUGCUGCUUCGCCUAUGUUUGUAUCUGUCCAUCCAUUGAUCCAUACAUCUAGCGAGAUGCCGAGAUGUAUUACAACCUCUACCCCAUGCCCGGUUAAUAUAAGACGUUUUUGCAAUUCAAUUCAAACUGC